AUGCCUCCUAAGAAGUGGGACGAGGAGGAGAGUGACGACAGCAGCUCCUCCGGUACUCCUGAGGUUGGAAGCGCUGCUGCUAUUGCUGCCCGCCGCAAGUUUGACGACGAAGAGGACGAUGGUGAUGUCCUAGACUCAUGGGAUGCCGACGACUCCGAAGCCGAGCGCGAGAAGGAGCGCAAGGCCACCGAAGCCAAGAAGAAGGCAGCCGCUGCCGCUGCUGCUGCCAAGAAGCCCAAGGGAGCCCGAAUUGCUGAGCACCAGGCUGAACGUGCCCAACAGAGGGCCGAAGCCGAGGACGCUGAGGACUACGAAGAGACCGAGGCUGAGAAGCGUGAACGACUCCGACGCACCGAGCAGGAGGCCGAUCUCGCCCACGCCGCCGACAUGUUUGGAGAUAUUGGCAUCAGCGCCAACCGUUCCAAGACUCGCCCUGCUGCCGUUGUUAUCGACUCUAACGACCCUACCAACACUGUCGACAUCUCCAAGCUACCUCUCUUCCAGCCCAAGACCAAGGCCCAGUUCGAGACUCUUCGGACCACCAUGGCAUCCAUCAUUACGGCCAACGCAAAGAACCCUCACUACAGCCUGUUCCUCCAGGACUUUGCCAAGGCGCUUGCCAAGGAGAUGAAUAGCGAGCAGAUCAAGAAGCUCGCCUCCACCUUGACUGCCCUGGGAAACGAGAAGAUGAGAGAGGAGAAGGCCGCUGACAAGGGCGGCAAGAAGACCAAGGCUGCUAAGACAAAAACUUCCCUGGUCACCAGCCGUGCUAACACCACGGACACUGCCACUUACGAAGAUAACGACGAUUUUGGAGAUGAUGAUUUUAUGUGA